GUAAUUUCAGAAACGCGUUGCGUUGGCGAUGACAAGUUAUUACAACCCCAGCUGCGAGCGGUAUAUUCAAAGGACAAAUGAUUCAACAUCUCACAGACUGAAAAAUGCUUACUGGACUACCAAACAAGCAGUUAUAAAGAAACUGCGUCGAAAGCAAGACGAAAAUAUUGUAGCUUCCGACUCCGAUCUCGACGCAAAGUUGGAGCUGUUAAAAUCUGUUCAGUUGACAUGUCGAGAUCUUGACAAUGUGUUGGCACGUUAUCAGAGAACGUUGUGCUAUCUGUCUCAGGCUGAAAAUGAAAUGGGACGAUUUCUAAAACAAUAUAGUUUAGAAGAUAAAACACAAGCUGGGAAGAUUAUGUCUGCUGUCGGAAAGGCGUUAAGUAGCUCAGCACAACAAAGACUUACUUUACUCAGUCCACUUGAUCGUGUUCAUCAAGAAGUCAAAACAUUCAGACAACAGGCAAUCAGUGAUACAACAAAUACAGUUAAAAUUAUGGAACAAGGUCGCACAGAAUAUCGAGGUGCAUUGUUAUGGAUGAAAAACGUAAGCGAAGAGUUGGACCCAGAUACAUACAAACAAUUGGAGAAGUUUCGGUGCGUUCAAGCACAGGUUCGUAAAGCAAAAGCAUCAUUCGAUCGCCUAAAAGUGGACAGUAUGCAAAAAAUAGAUCUGUUAGCAGCCAGUCGAUGUAAUAUGCUGAGUCAUGUACUUGUCGGCUAUCAGAAUACUUUGUUGACUUUUCUUGAAAAAACGUCUCAUAUGAUGGUAGCAGUAGCAGAAAGUUUCAGAGGUUACCAAUACUAUGAAUUUUCAAUUCUUCGGCAUUUGAGACCAGAAAGUCGUAAAUUGGCUGGAUAUAAGAGCGAUGAUGAGAAAGACAGCGAUAGGUUAGACAGUGGAUUUAACCAAGUUGAAUUAAGUGAUCCAGCAAUUAUGAAUUCUGAUGACAAUAACCAUGGAAUACAUCAAACAAAAUUAACAGAUGAAGAAGAAUUUGAUAAAAGAUUAGAUGAAAUUUUCCUAGAAAAUCAUUGUAAUAAUUUCGACUUUGAUUCAGAUCAAUUUAAAUCAUCAGGGAAUCAAACCAGUUUUGGUGGAACUGAAGACAACAAUAACAUUGGUGGUCUGAUUAAUGAAUCUAGUGAGCAAGUCCCUGCUGAUCAUAGAGAUUUGUUCACUGAUCUGUUUCUUAGUGAUGCAAAAGAUGAUAGAUUUGCUGGACACCUUUCUGGAGUGGAUGCUCGUCCUUUCAAUUUCGGAAAUAAAGACGGAUUCACUAAUGAUUCGGAAGCUGUCUUUAGCGAUUUGAAUCAGCCUUGCCAAAACGCUGAUUUCGGACCGUUGCAGAGUGUAGGGUCAAAAGAUACACUCAGGACAUCAAUACUUCCUUCACACUUAUUAGAACAGGAAUUCCAAAAUUUAUUCAACCCAGGCACUUCCAAUUUAAUUGGUACUCAAUCGACGAAGUCAUCUUUGGAGUGUACUAACGUGAAUACUUCUGCAUUUAGUAAUAAUAACAACCAAUCCGAACAACAGUUAAAAAAAAGUGAAAACUCUCUGGGUACCAUUUCAAAUGCCCCAAAGUCAUUAUCAUCCCAACAGGUAACUGUGCCCAUGUUUUUUUGUGUAACUGGAUUGGCUCCUUCGUAGUUAAAACAUUAAGUUUGUAGUUAAAUAUCGUGGUUUAGAACCCCGUUCUAUCUAGUUUGCUUUGGCAAACUGAUAAUUGUCACUCGUCCUUACAAACUUUCACUAUCUCACAGCUGAAUCCAUACCAUACUUAAAAUAAUGUUCUGCGUUUGGAAAUCCCAAUCGGUGGUCGGAUAAUAUCAAAUAGUCUUUUGUUGUUUGGUACCUACUGAUUACAUGUCUUUUUCGAGUAGCUUAUUUACUCAUUAGCUUUUUGGCGAAAUGACAUGGCAUUUAUCUUCCCCCAGUUUUUGUCCAACUGAAGGUGAAAGAUGACAUCUGUGUAUAUUCAAAACACAAGUUGAAUUAAGAAGUAUUUCUUUCUAAUUGCUUCCUCAUCAAUACUCUAUACUAAUAUAUAGAUACUAGACUCAAUCAACACCAGAUUUUGAUGGAGUCUUGUUCUCUGAGCUGGAUAGUUUAGUCGUAGAGCUUUCAUCAUUCUUCUGAACGACAUCAUCAGCACAAACUUCAGAUAGAAGUGGUGUUCGGAUUUCUCCACAUAUGGUUCACAAUUUGUCCUAUGGACCUCGAUGUUGAUUGGUUAUUGUUGACCUUAAACCUGUCAUUGUUCACUUCUUUGUUUUGGUUGUAUAUCCGAUUGGUUUAAUUUUUUGUCCCAUGUUUGUCCAUAACUUUCCCGAUUGGUUGAUAGAUUGGGUCGAUUUCAGUUUGCUUGUUGACUGCUGAUUGACAGUCUCGUAAACAACACCGCGGCCGUGGCUGUAUACACGUGGCCAUAUGUGGGCAUUUCAAUUGGAAGAGCGAUCUCUCCUCACCCUCGGCCGUUUUAAGAAUGAUUAGAGAUGCUUAACUGUAUAUUAUUGUAAAUACGUGUUCACACAGUAAGCCAUUAAAUUAUUAUUGUCCAAUUUAUACAGAUCUGACCUAUUCUUACUAAAUAAGUCGAGCGUUCACUUUGCAAGAAAUCAAUCUUCCUACUUAAAAUCUAAUGGUUAUAUGGUAUCAGUGACUAGUGCUUCGUUUAAUAAUAUAUGGUUAGUCAAUUUUGAUGAUUUUCUCAACCGUUACAGUUUAACUGUUAUUACUAAUAUUCGUCUUGCGGUAAUAAUUAGUUAUGAUUCUUUAUUAUCUUUUCACCACUGUGUUGUUUUCGUUUAUACUUUGAAUUUACAAUAGCCCACAAAUCUAGAUGCUUGGUUAAAUCUGUUUUCUGAUAUUGGACCAAUCGGUAAUCCAGAUACAAUAUCGAAAAAGGCUGGUCAAGUCACGGAUGCCUAGAAGUACGCUUGAACAUCAUAUUGUUGUGGCAAAAUGUAUUCGCUUAUAUGGAUUUUUUCCUCCAAUUACACAUUAGUUACACCUGUGAUGUGUGUAUUUCCUUUGUUACUGUGUUAAUUCAUUUAUUAUAUUUAUGCCUUCUUUGGUUUUUGUCCCUUUUGAAAAUUUUAUCAUAUUAUAUUUUGAAAACUUGAAUUUCUGGUGUUAACUGUGAUAGUUAUUAUAAUGUUACGCAUUCAGAAAAACGCUUCCAUGUUUUUUCCACCAUUGUUUUACUAAUUUGGUAAAUAUUAGCACCAAUUAAUUACAUUUUGUUUAUUUUGCUUUCUGUAGUAAAAAGAAUAUUUCUCACAACAUAAACAAUUAUAUGAUCC